CCACACCGUUUGCCAGCAGUGUACCAGCGACGUGUAAUACGRCCAGUAAGUUGUUAUACCAUAUCGUAUCCGUUAUUGUUGUUGUUGUGGCUGUUAUCAUCGCCAUCGUCGUUAUCGUUGUUUAAAAAAUUAUUGUUUUGUUAAAAUAUAAUAUAUUAUAAUAUUAUACGGUCCGUGUGAACUGCUCGCGGGUGAUAUUUAUUUUAACAAUUCUCCCGCCGAUUCAUGUAUCAGUCGAUGUGGAAAAUGUGACGAUCCGUUGCUCGUAUACCAGCUCAAGACUACCGCGGGAGAUAAAUAACCGCUUCAAGAACUUAAAAGCUUCAAGCGCCGUUACCAACCAUACCUGACAGAGUGGACGAUUGCGCGCGAAGACCGGCCGGUUAUCGUACGCCGCGCAGUCCUAUUGCAGCUGUUGCUGUCACUAACGCAUGUGUGCCUAUAUCGUAUUAUUAAUGAUAACCAACGUACAGGCAGUUGACAUGGCUGAUGUGUAUACUAAAAAAAUWAACGGACRGACGUGGAGAAAAUCGGACAGCURAAUGAUACCGACCGAGGUUUUGUGUGCUAGGUUGGCGAAGAAGCGUCGGGAAACAUCAUGUGGUUUGGCGUAAAAUGGCUGAUCCAAACAAAAGUAAAGCGCUGUAUUCGUCCUUGGUGGCAUUCCUAGGGUUCGCUUGUUUCGCAUUAGCCGCCACUGCUAUUGGAUUGCCAUUAUGGGGUUACUACGAAAAUCCUCAAGCCGAAAUCGGGACUUCAGGAAUCGAUCGUGGUUAUUUUGGACCAUGGCAAAUGUGCAAACAAUCGUACUACGGACGAACGAAAUGUGGAGACUCGAUAUCCAGGUUUCAUCCUGUGGAAACGGUGAAGAUAGCCGGAUAUUUUGCCAUAGCGGAUACAUUAAGCCUGGCCGUGUUUUGCAUCCUAAGCAUCGUGCAAUUGGCCAUGGUGGUGUCAAAGGAAAAAGUCGUGGUCGCCUAUAGUAAGACCGUGGUUACCAAAUUAGUGUUUGCAUUCGCAGCAACUCUGCUAGCGAUCAUCGCAGCCGGGUUAUUUGCCCUUCAAACCGACGACAAAGACAACAGCUACCAAGUGACCAGAGGAGAAUCGUUUUAUAUGCAGAUUGGUUUAAUUAUAUUGAACUUUUUGCUAUUCGUGGCUGCAAUAUAUGAUUUGAUAUUUUCCCGUCGCUUGGGCGGUGACCCGACCAUCAGUCACCGUGAUCCAUCUGGUGUAGAAGCAACCACAUUCAAUAAUCCUGCCUUUAAGGAGAAGAGGUCAAUGAAUCCAAGAGGGGGUGGCGGAGUUGGAGUCGGCGGAAGUGGUAAAAUAUCGGUGACGGAUGCUAGUGGAAAGCCGUACUUGAGCGGCACGACCAAUGGUAGUACAAUGUCGAUGACCACCACUCUCAGCUCUAAUGGGUCGUCGAUAACACCAGUGAUCCGCAGCCCGUUGCGGUCCAGUUUGAAGAAGCCACGGUCGGCCAACGGAAACGGGACCGGAGGGGGCGUUGGUGGUUUGGGUAUCCAGAAUCCCGGUUUCAGCGGCACGUCGCCCACUCUAUCCCGGAACGGGAGCGUGAAAAAAGUGCGCAUACAGACCCAGAGUACGGCUGUGUAAAGAUUGGAGAAAGCGACGUGCAUCGACUUGACGAAAUAGUAUUAUUGUAUAGACUAAAAAUGGAGGGAAAAAUAUUCUGUCAUCACUCAAUUUCGUGUAGGUAUACAACGAUCAAUAAAUCGUUUUCAUACUGGAGAUUAGCGAGUUGGUUUUAGGCUUAUAGUGGUUGUGCUUGUACAUCAUACCAAUUUCUGUAUAGAUAAUUAUAAUGCAGUGUUGUUCACGUCAGGUGAUUUAAUUGUACGUACAAUACAAUACGUACUACGUACUUGUAGUUCACAAUAACAUCAUAACGAUAGGCAACAUUGUUAACAGUUGAAUUGUAGUGACAGGCGCAUGUCAUUAUUGUUUAAGACGUUGUUUAUAUAGAUUACAGGCAAAAGAAAUUAAACUGUAUCCAGCUUCUAGCUGAAGCGUGCACACACACUAUUAUUUUUAUUAUUUUAGUUAGGAUAGGUACGUCAUAUUUUACAUGCACCCGUUUCAUCGUCAUUAUUAUUUUUUGUUCGUUUCGUUGGUCAUAUUAUAUAGUUGUUAUUUAAUCAAAAUUUUUAAUUAUUUUUACGCAUAUAAUAUUUAUUAUACAAUGGAAUUGUGCCAAUUUUGGACCAACGAACGUGUAAUGUAGCUGUAUGUAUAAUAUUAAAAUAAUAUAAUACCGCACUAUUUGUCGGUAACGUUAUUUUUUCACUUUUCUCCAAAGUAUCGGCUAUAUAAUUCGUUAAAUGUUGAUGUCCAUGUUGAUGGUUGUUAUUGUUGACAAAUUUGUUCUCUGUUUUAAUUUUCGCAAUAUUCGAAUGACCCCGUAUCAAAAUGAAUCUGUUUUCAGCAACGGGGAUUAUGAAUUUAUUUUUGUUUUUAAAACGCAAAUUGUAUACACUAGGUAUAUUUUGCUUAACUAAAAACUCGAGUUUUCCGUCUGACAUAUUUAUUUGAUGUAUAGUCCAUACAUUUAAAUUUAAUAUUUUAGAAAAUUGUUCGUUAAUAAUAUUCUA